UGGCAUCAACUGUUGACGUCUCCAACUUUGUUUCAGUGAAGCUUACCAACCACAACUAUGAUGUCUGGAAGAGUCAGAUUCUUUGCCUCAUAGAGAGUCACGACUUGCUUCACAUCAUUCAUGCAAAAGCUCGUUUUCCAUGGAUAAAGGUGACCCCAUGACUCAAGCAUAUGACAGGCUUGUCAGAGGUUGGAUUUUGAAUACUAUAACCAACUACGUGCUUGAAGAUUUCCAUUUCUAUCGAUCGGUACAAUUGUUGUGGAGGAACCUAGAAUUGAAAUAUACAAUUGGUGUUGGUUUAUCAGAUGAAGCAGAUGCAUUAAUAUACAAGCAGGCGUCAAAUAUUAACGUCUCCAACUUUGUACUAGUGAAGCUGUCUGUGCGCUUCUACUAUAAUGUCUGGAAGGAUCAAAUGCUUCGCCUCAUAGAGAGUCAGGACUUGCUUCACGUCAUUCAUAUCAAUAUUCGUUUUACAAAGUCUGAAUGUGACAACCUUGUCAAAUAUUGGAUUUUGGGUAGUAUGAACAAAGAACUGCUCAAAGAUUUCACAGACUGCGAUUCGGCAAGAGAUUUAUGGACAAAACUAGAAUCCCACUUUACAGACGGUGAUUCAUGGCCUGAUUCUUUUGUUUCUGCAUCAACACAAGACCUGAAAUACACUCAGGCAUCAACUGUUAACGUCUCCAACUUCAUUUCAGUGAAGCUUUCCGGCCAAAGCAACUAUCCUAUCUGGAAGCUUCAGAUGCUUUUCCUCAUUAAAAGUCAGGAGUUGGUUCACCUCAUUCAACAAGAAGGUCUUCGUAUACUGGUUAAAUAUGACAACCUUGUCAAAGGUUGGAUUUUUUGUACUAUGAGCGAAGAUCUAUUCAAGGAGUUCAUAUAUCUGGAAGACUAUCCCGUAAGUUACGUAUGGAAUAUGCUAGCAAGCAUCUAUGAUCUACCAAAAAGCGAAGGAGUUACGUUCGGAAUAGAAUUUAUAAAAGACACCCCAGAUAUAGAACCAGAGAGUUCCCAAAGAGUUCAAGAAACACAAGACACUAAUGAUAUAGAAACAGAGAGUUCAACGAGAAUUCCAGAAACACAAGACACGGCCAACAACAGACUAAAGAAAGAAUUGUACAAAGCUGCAGCUGAAGGGUGGUGGAGGAAAGCAAAAUCCAUAUUGCAAAAUAAUAAAUUUGCAGCCACAGAGGCCAUCACUGCGAAUGGCAACACAAUCCUUCACGUAGCGGUUGAAAUGGGCCACAACUACUUCGUUGAAAAACUGUUGGAGUUUUUAGAAGACGGAAAAGAUAUCGAAAUGAAAAAUGAUAAGGGUCGAACAGCCCUACACAUUGCUGCAGUAGUUGGUAAUACACACGCGGCCCAACUCUUGGUUCAGAAGAGUAGCCAAUUGUUGGAGUACAAAGACAAUAACAAUGUUUUACCAAUGCAUCUUGCUUCUGCCAAUACAAACCUCGAUACAUAUGCAUAUUUGUUCGAAUCUCGUACACCACCUCGUGAUUCACACUUUGAGUCAUAUAUGAGUAACCAAACUGCUCUCUUAGCUGCUAUUUUCUCAAAACAUUAUGAUUUGGCAGAGACAUUGCUCAAGGAAUCACCUGAUAUUGCUAUGGAAAACGAAGAGAUAUUAAAGGCAAUAACUACAACCUUCCCAACUGAUCUUGGCUUCAGGGAAUCUUUAAUCUAUCCAUCUUUCCACUAUGUCUGUCAGAAAACAGUCGUGAGAUGCUCUUUGCUAUUUCACCCAGAUAGAUGUGUCGAUAACAUCUUACGGGUAGUGAAAAUCUGUAAUAACACGUGCUGCAACUUGUUGGGGAAGAAUUCCGUGAUAUUACUUGUACUAAUAGCCACACUUUAUCCAAUAUAUCAGUUGAUUUGUCUCCUCAUUCUGUUGCUUCAUUUAUCCUUUUCUAUGUUGUAUUUACUUCUAUGGAAAGUUUUAGCAAUUACUGUGCCUCCAAUCAAGAAUAUAGAGAAGAAGAGAAAAGAGUACAAAAAAGCAAAAAAUAUCUUGAGCUUGAUAUGUAAAAUGAAGGGCCCAUCAAAUGAAGGUUACAGUGACUCAUUUUUUGAAGCUGUACGCAAAGAUAUAUACGAAGUUGUUGAUGAGAUUUUAUUUAAGUCACCAGCCACAAUCAAUUGUAAGGAUGAAGAUGGGUAUAAUAUUAUUCAGUUAUCUAUCACAUAAUAGAUCACACAAAGUCUCAUAGGGAAAUGACCCAUUCUUCUUUAAAUAAUCUUGGACACUUGGCUGGAAGAUUGGCACCUUCAUUUGUACUCGGUCGACCACUGGUGCAGCACUGCAACUACAACGGGAGCUUUUAUGGUUUGAG